GCAGGCCCCGCCCCCGGCCCGCAGCGCCUCCGGCAGCGCCGCAGCGCCGGGACCGAUGGGCCGGGACCGGUGUGGCCCGGGCAGGGGGGGCGGCCGGGCCCCCCCCGGCGAGACCCCCCCCAGGCCCCGCCAGCGCUGACAGGCCGCCAUGGGGGACGCCGGGGGGGGUUUCGGGCUGGCGCUGCCGGAGCUGCGGGCGCUGAUGGAGCUCCGGGGCCCCGAGGCGCUCCUGAGGCUGCAGCGGGACCUGGGGGGGGUCUCGGGGCUCUGCCGCCGCCUGCGCACCUCCCCCACCGACGGGCUGUCCGAGGGUCCCCCGGAGCUGGAGCGCCGCCGCCGGGUGUUCGGCCGGAACUGGAUCCCCCCGCGGCGCCCCAAGAGCUUCGCGGCGCUGGUGUGGGAGGCCCUGCAGGACGUCACCCUCGUCAUCCUCGAGGUGGCCGCACUCGUGUCCCUGGGGCUGUCCUUCUACGCCCCCCCCAGCGCCGCCGAUGAAGCGUGCGGGCAGGCCUCGGGGGGCGCGGAGGACGAGGGCGAGGCGGCGGCCGGCUGGAUCGAGGGCGCGGCCAUCCUGCUGUCGGUGGCCUGCGUGGUGCUGGUGACGGCGUCCAACGACUGGAGCAAGGAGCGGCAGUUCCGGGGGCUGCAGAGCCGCCUGCAGCGCGAGCAGCGCGCCGCCGUCCUGCGCGGGGGGCGCCUGGCACAGCUGCCCGUGGCCGACCUGGUGGUGGGGGACGUGGUGCAGGUCAAGUACGGUGACCUCCUGCCGGCCGAUGGGGUCCUGAUCCAGGGGAACGACCUGAAGAUCGACGAGAGCGCCCUGACCGGGGAGAGCGACCACGUCCGCAAGGCCCCGGACAAGGACCCGCUGCUGCUCUCGGGCACCCACGUCAUGGAGGGCUCGGGCAGGAUGGUGGUGACGGCCGUGGGGGUGAACUCGCAGAGCGGCAUCAUCUUCACCCUGCUGGGCGCCGCGGGGGACGACGAGGACGAGGGCAGGGACAGGAAAGGGAAGCCUCAGGAUGGCGCCGUGGACACCCCACAACCCAAAGGCAAGCGGCAGGACGGGGCGGUGGCCAUGGAGAUGCAGCCGCUGAAGAGCGCCGAGGGAGGGGACGCGGCCGAGGGGACGGGGACGCGGCCCCGCGGUGGCCCCAAGAAGGAGAAGUCCGUGCUCCAGGCCAAGCUGACCCAGCUGGCCGUGCAGAUCGGGAAGGCAGGCCUGGCCAUGUCGGCCAUCACCGUCAUCAUCCUCGUGCUCUACUUCGUCAUCGAGACCUUCGUGGUGCAGGGCCGGCCGUGGCUGGCCGAGUGCGCGCCGCUCUACGUCCAGUACUGGGUCAAGUUCUUCAUCAUCGGCGUCACCGUGCUGGUGGUGGCCGUCCCCGAGGGGCUCCCGCUGGCCGUCACCAUCUCGCUGGCCUACUCCGUCAAGAAAAUGAUGAAGGACAACAACCUGGUGCGGCACCUGGACGCCUGCGAGACCAUGGGCAACGCCACGGCCAUCUGCUCGGACAAGACGGGCACGCUGACCACCAACCGCAUGACGGUGGUCCAGGCCUUCGUGGGGGGGUCCCACUUCGGCCACCCCCCGGCCCCCGCCGCGCUGGCCCCCCCCACGCUGGACCUGCUGGCCCAGGCCAUCGCCAUCAACAGCGCCUACACCAGCAAGAUACUGCCCCCCGAGGCCCCCGGGGCUCUGCCCCGCCAGGUGGGCAACAAGACGGAGUGUGCCCUGCUGGGGCUGGCGCUGGCGCUGGGCCGGGACCCCGAGGCGGAGCGGGCGCAGGUGCCCGAGGAGCACCUGGUCAAGGUGUUCACCUUCAACUCGGAGCGCAAAUCCAUGAGCACCGUCACCCGCCGGCCCGGCGGCGGCUUCCGCCUCUUCUGCAAGGGCGCCUCCGAGAUGGUGCUGCGCAGGUGCAGCUCGAUGCUGGACGCGGGGGGCUCCCCGCGGGUUUUGGGGGGCGCGGAGCGGGAGGAGCUGCUGCGGCGGGUGGUGGAGCCGAUGGCGGGGGGGGGGCUGCGGACCCUCGCCCUCGCCUUCCGCGACUUCCCCCCCCGGCCCGAGCCCCCCUGGGAGGACGAGGCCGCCGUGGUGCGGGAGCUGACCUGCAUCGCCAUCGUGGGCAUCGAGGACCCCGUGCGGCCCGAGCGCGUGCCGCAGGUGCCCGAGGCCAUCCGCAAGUGCCAGCGCGCGGGGAUCACGGUGCGGAUGGUGACCGGCGACAACCUGGACACGGCGCGCGCCAUCGCCGCCAAGUGCGGGAUCCUCCCCGCGGGCAGCGGAGAGUGGCUGUGCCUGGAGGGGACAGAGUUCAACCGGCGCAUCCGCAACGAGCGCGGGGAGGUGGAGCAGGAGCGCCUGGACAAGGUGUGGCCCAAGCUGAGGGUCCUGGCGCGGUCAUCGCCCACCGACAAACACACGCUGGUGAAAGGGAUCAUCGACAGCACCAUCGGGGACCAGCGGCAGGUGGUGGCGGUCACCGGCGACGGCACCAACGACGGCCCCGCCCUCAAAAAGGCGGACGUGGGCUUCGCCAUGGGCAUCGCGGGCACGGACGUGGCCAAGGAGGCCUCGGACAUCAUCCUGACGGACGACAACUUCUCGAGCAUCGUCAAGGCCGUCAUGUGGGGCCGCAACGUCUACGACAGCAUCGCCAAGUUCCUGCAGUUCCAGCUGACCGUCAACGUGGUGGCCGUCAUCGUGGCCUUCACCGGCGCCUGCAUCACCCAGGACUCCCCGCUGAAGGCGGUGCAGAUGCUGUGGGUGAACCUGAUCAUGGACACCUUGGCGUCGCUGGCGCUGGCCACGGAGCCGCCCACGGAGGCGCUGCUGCUGCGCAAACCCUACGGGCGCGAGCACCCGCUGCUGUCGGGCACCAUGCUGCGCAACAUCCUGGGCCACGCCGCCUACCAGCUGCUGGUCAUCUUCACCCUGCUCUUCGCCGGGGAGGUGCUGUUCGACAUCGACAGCGGCCGCGCGGCGCCUCUGCACGCGCCGCCCUCGGAGCAUUUCACCAUCAUCUUCAACACCUUCGUGCUGAUGCAGCUCUUCAACGAGCUCAACGCGCGCAAACUGCACGGCGAGAGGAACGUCUUCGAGGGCGUCUGCGCCAACCCCACCUUCUGCGCCAUCGUCCUGGGCACCUUCGCCGUGCAGGUGCUGAUUGUGCAGUUCGGGGGGAAGCCCUUCAGCUGCUCCCCCCUCAGCGCUGAGCAGUGGCUCUGGUGCCUCUUCGUGGGCCUGGGGGAGCUGCUCUGGGGACAGGUGCUGGUGUGUGUCCCGGGCCCGGGCGGGCGGCGCUGGCCGGAGCGUUCGGGGCCGCGGGAGCACCCCGAGGUGGCCGAGCUGGGCCGGGGGAAGGUGCUGUGGGUGCGGGGCCUGAGCCGCGUCCAGACCCAGAUGAGGGUGGUCCGCGCCUUCCGCAGCAAUUUGGGGGGGGGUCCUCCCCCCCUGGCCCGGCCGGACCCUCCCCUGGGCCUCAUCGGGGGGGGGGGCCCUUUCGGGGUGCCCCCCCACGCGGAGCUGAUUUUUGGGGACACCAGGGACAUCCCCCUGAUCGACGACACCGACGCCGAGAGCGAAGCCCCCCCCAUCCGCGCCCCCCCCCCCAAAUCGCAACAACAACCACGGGGCCCCCCCCGGCCCCCUCUGCCCCCCCCCCCGGGCGCCUCCACAGCCUCGAGACCUCCCUGUGAGGGGGGGGCGCCCCAAAAUCCUCCCCAGGUUGGGGACCCCCCCUCGGAUUGGGGACUCCCUCAGAUUGGGGAUUCCCCCUCAGAUUGGGACCCCCCCCUCAGAUUGGGGACCCCCCCCAGAUUGGGACCCCCCCUCAAAUUGGGGAACCCCCUCGGAUUGGGGACCCCCCCUCAGAUUGGGGAUCCCUACCUUAAAUUGGGGACCCCCCCUCAAAUUGGGGACCCCCCCCUCAGAUUGGGGACUCCCCCAGAUUGGGGACCCCCCCUCGGAUAUGGGACCCCCCCUCAGAUUGGGGAUCCCUACCUUAAAUUGGGGACCCCUCCCAUUUUAAAUUGGGGGACCCCACCCCAAAUUGGGGACCCCCUCCUCAAACUGGGUCUUUUUUAAAUUGGGGGACCCCCCCUUAAAUUGGGGACCCCCCCCAUUUUAAAUUGGGGACCCCCCCUCGAAUUGGGGACCCCCUCCUCAGAUGGGUCCCUUUAAAAUUGGGGACCCCCUCCCCAAAUUGGGUCUCUUUUAAAUUGGGGGACCCCAACCCAAAUUGGGGACCCCUCCCAUUUUAAAUUGAGAGCCCCCCCCCUUUUAAAAGUGGGGACCCCCUCCUCAAAUUGGGGACCCCCUCCUCAAACUGGGUCUUUUUUAAAUUGGGGGACCCCCCCUCAAAUUGGGUCCUCUCCAAAUUGGGGACCCCCCCCAAAUUCGAGACCCUGCCCAAAUUCGAGACCCUCCCCCAUUUCAAAUUGAGGGACCCCCCCCUCAAAUUGUGGACACUCCCCCCCCCUCCCCAAAUUGGGACCCCCCCUCAAAUUAGAGACCCCCCCCAAAUUAAGGACCCCCCCAAAAUUGGGACCCCCCCAUAAGCCAUGUUUUAUUUUGGGGGGGGGGGGCACAGCUGGGUUGGGGGUGGUUUAAUUAACGUCAUUAAUUAAUUUAUUGGGGUUUAAUUGAUGUAAUUAUUUAUUUGGGGAGGGGGCGCACGGGGCCGGGACCCCCCCCCGUGUGCGCCCCCCCCCCCCCGCGGGAAUUAAACACGGCCGAGGCUGA